CGUCGAAGUUAGUUCGAUUCUCGUUUUUUGGGUUUGAAAAAUGUUUAAAAAACUAUUAUUCUCAUUUAUUGUGUUAAUAAAUUUGUAUAAUAAAUGUGAAGGUGGGUCAGAAUUGGUGCAAAAAAGACUUCGUGAGGAUGAAAUUGUGCCUGACGUGCUGCAAAAAUUAUCAGACGUGGAUUUUCUAAAAGUUUCAUAUUUAAAAAACUCGAAAGCUGAUCUAGGAAAUAUUUUAACUCCAACUCAAGUUAAAGAACAACCGGAAAUUGAAUAUGAUGCAAAUCCAAAUGAUUUCUACACUUUAUUGAUGACUGAUCCUGAUGCACCAUCCAGAAUGGAACCAACAUUCAGAGAAUUCAGACAUUGGCUUGUUGUAAACAUUCCUGGAAAUGAUAUUGAAAAUGGUGAAACAGUUAUUGAAUAUAUUGGAAGUGGUCCACCUAAGGAUACCGGUUUACAUCGAUACGUGUUCCUCGUUUUUAAACAAUCGAAAGGAAAAAUUGACUUUGAUGGUCCCUAUGUCUCAAAUCAUUCUCCAUUAAGCCGUCCAUCAACGUCAACAAGAGAUCUAAUUGAUAAAUAUGAUCUUGAACUCGUUGCGGCUAACUUUUUUGAGGCUGAAUAUGAUGAUUAUGUUCCAACUGUGCAUUUUCAAUUGUCUGGUAAAUCUGGUUAAUAGUUUAACGUCUGAAUGUUAGUGGUCCAAAAGUUGAUUGAGUAUCAAUUUUGAUUCUGAUUUUAAUGGGAAAAAUCAACUUUUUAAUUACAUUAACUCGUAGAAAAAAUC